UUUUUUUAUAUCUAUUAUGCACAGUUUUAUAAGAAAGAGAGAAUACGGACAAAUAAAUCCUCUGAAAUUAGUGAGGGCUGAAACAACUAAACGAGCUUACACCUUGCAGUUAAGCAGGACAAAAGAAAUAGCUCGGUCUCAUCGUGGUGGUGUUAAUUCUUUAAAAAUUGAAAACAUUGAGCAAAGAUAUUUAUUAAGUGGUGAUGGUAAUGGGAACGUGCAAGUAUUUGAUCUUGAUUCGGAGCAAGUAAGAAAAAGCCCAAUUGCAAUUGCGUCAAAAACCGAUCGACAUAAAUAUGCCGUCACCUCUGUAUGCUGGUACCCCUUUGAUACCGGCAUGUUUGUGACAUCGAGUUAUGACACAACAAUUAAAGUAUGGGACAGAAGUACAAUGAUGCCUGCUGAAGAGUUCAAUUUAGAGCAUAGAGUAAAUGCUCAGUCUAUGUCUUCAAUUGCCUCGCAUUGUCUGGUUGCCAGUGCGGCUUCAGAACCCAGGAUAAGAUUGUGUGACUUGAACAGUGGUGCCUUUACUCAUUCAUUGAUGGGUCACUCAGGCUCAGUUUUAUCGUGUACAUGGUCUUUUAAUCAAGAAUAUAUCUUGUACUCUGGAGGUGAUGAUGGCACAGUUCGAAUUUGGGAUAUUCGGAGAGCAUCGUCUUGUCUGAUGUCCCUUGACCAGGAUAAUGCCAUUGAUAUAGAUCCUCUAGCCGAUACAAAUAAAGCACAUGGAAAAGGCGUGAAUGGUCUGUCGGUGACAAAAGAUGGUCGAUAUUUGGUGUCACUCGGACUUGAUGAAAAGAUCCGGUUAUGGGAUACACAGACGGGACGUAAUACAUUUAUCAAUUAUGGAUCCAAUUGGAGAAACAAAUUCAAACUGUCAAUAGAACCCACUCUAUCCGGUCCAGACGUUUGGCCGCCACUAUUAUACAUUCCAAGCGAUGAUCGGGAAAUCUUGGUUUACGGCUUAUUUGAUGGCGUUUUGAUCCGCAGACUUAAGGGUCAUUACGGCAGAGUUAACUGCAUCGAGAAAAGAGAAUCAUAUGAAGAAUACUACAGUGGUUCCAGUGAAAGUGAUAUACUGAUAUGGGAACCCCCGAUGCAAGAUGAUAAAGUGUUGGCUAAUACUACCGAUGAGGCAGAAUUGGAUGCAUGGAGUGCCAGUGAAGACGAUGAAGGGACAAUUUAAAUUUUUUCGCUGUAACUUUCUUUUUUGUAAAAAUAAAAAUAAUAAUAAUAAUAAAUAAAAAUAGCUUGUUUUCAAACUGAUCCCAUAAGGAAAUACAAGGGGUAACGUUAG